GGAAGUGGUCUACUUCUCACAGCGUAUGACUCAUCUAUACCCCUCAGCUACUUUACUGCAUGCUGACCAUUUAACAGCGGUGUGGGCUUAGCGGUGCCGGCCAUUUUUGAGCGUUCAACAAGCGAUCUUGGCAUGACCCAACAGGAACUGGACUCAAAGCUCAUUAGUAUCUCGCGUGCUAUUGCAGUCCUGCUGCUUCUAUCAUAUGCUCUUUUUGUAUGGUUCCAAACCCGUACACAUCAUGGCCUUUUCACCAAGAUGUUUGAGAAAGACGAGGAAAGAGACCACGAUCGCGCGAAGGAUGCACGGAAGCCGAAGCUGACCUUGACCGAAUGCAUACUCGCUCUGGCCGUCUCUGUGGCAUUGGUGGCCAUCAUUGCGGUCAACUUGGUUCACGAGAUUGACCCCAUAAUUGAGGAGCACCAUAUCACGGAUCCUUUCAUGGGUCUUAUCCUUGUACCGCUUGUCGAGAAACUGGCAGAACACCUUACAGCCAUUGAUGAAGCCUGGGAUAACCAAAUGAACUUCGCGCUAACUCACUGUGUCGGCGCAACUCUCCAGACCGCUCUGCUGGUUACGCCAUUGAUUGUGAUCAUCUCUUGGUGCGCGCAGUGGGAUUUCAGCUUGGACUUUCAGAUCUUCGACAUGGCCAUGCUUCUCUUGUCCAUAAUCACUGUCGGUAACUUCCUUCGUGAUCAGAAGUCCAACUACUUGGAGGGCUUCUUAUGUGUCGCCGUCUAUGUCGCUAUUGCCGUCGCAGCAUUUUACAACCCCGGCGCCCAUGCAGCUGAAGCCGCUGCCUCAACAAGCGAGACAGCUGAGCACCUGAUCGCCAAGGUUGUUGGCUCGCUAUAGCACCGGGCCACAGACAUGAUUCUUUUACUUAAAUGUUUUUGACUAUUAGAACAGAGCGAGCAAGGAGUUAGCUGGUGUUUGACUUGGAUUCGGAUUACUUGCAGCCUUGCUGCGGAUACACGCUGAGCACCUCGAAAACGAAUUUGAAAUUGUACCAAAUGGCUAAUUAGAGUUUACACUACCCGAUGAAAAAAUAAUGAUAUAG